GCGGCGCACACGAGUGCAGCGUGCGUGCAAGCGUGUGUACGUAGUACGUCGCAGUAUCUGUCGUGUAGCUUGUGCGUCACGCUUCUGUGUAGUCGUGUGAUGUUUUUUUGGUAGCACUGUCUAGUGGUAAAGGUGAAGUGUUGCUAUAACUAGUUAUUAUAUUGGUGGUGAGCCUCUGCAAGCCAACGCCGUCGACACCACCAUGGCCAAUGCGUCUUUGCAAACGGUGACGCACGCCCCAGAAGCUUUCCAACUGUUACGAGGCAUUUUCUGCGUCUACAAGCCUGCAAAUAUUUCCUGCGCAGCUGUGCGGCGAACUGUCAUAGGGAAUUUAUGCCGGGACCUUAAUGAGAUGGAAGUGCGACCCCCAGCAGACUUUGUCACUAUCGAAGGGUCUGUGUCCAAUGGUGCAGAACUUACGGUGAAGUCUUCCCCAAGUUUUGCAGACCAUCCUCUAGUUGUCGGCCCUAGGUACCAGCCUGAAGAUUUUAAAAUGGCCUAUGGUGUAAACCUUGGAAAAUAUACUUCUGGAGUGUUGUUAAUGAGGGUCAAUGGAGGCUACCACAAGAUGAAAAGGCUUUGUGAUUCCAACCAACUUCGUACUUAUGAGCUCCGAGGAGAGUUUGGAAAGGCAUCAGAUACGCACACACCACUUUCAAAGAUUGUUGAAAAAGCAACAUAUCGUCAUAUCACAGCUGCAAGGCUAGAACAACUUUUAGGCUCCAUCCAAUCAGCAUAUCAAGUUCAAGCAUUUAAGUAUGCAGGUGUGCCCCUGAACAGCCAGGCAGCAUUUGAAAUGGCAGCUAAAGACACUGUGCGACCUGCUGAUAAGUCUCCUCCUCUUGUAUACAACAUUCGCUGUCUGGAACUGGAUCUGCCCUACUUCACACUUGAACUGAGUUGCAUCCAUGAAACUGAGAACUAUCUUCUGCAGCUGGUGCAUGAAAUUGGGCUGCACCUUCGUUCAUGUGCCAUUUGCCAUCGUGUACGACUUAUACGCUAUGGUUUAUUUAACACCGAUUUGGCCUUGCUGCGAAAGCACUGGACUUUAGAAUACAUCUUGAGAAAUAUUCAAGACUGUCGGCAGCUUGUGGGUCAAGAGCUGCUUGAGCCUCACUCGCCACAUUUUACGGACGUUAAUGAAGCUUACAAGUCAUCGUGCAGUCAAACAGAUUCUUAGCCCAAGAAAAUAACACUGAGCUCAUGCUGUCACUGGGCUGCCAGCUUAUUCUUGCUUGCAAAACUAUUUUUGUAAUUAAAAUGCUGUAGUGUGAUAAUUUGUGAUCAAUGUGUGAAGCUUUUCA